AGUUUCUCCAAAUGUUUGGGACAUGACACUAUAGUGACAGUUGGAAUAAGUUAGUACUAAAAAUCUUCAACUGUCUCGGGAAACUGGUAAUAAUGGCGUCUUCCUUGAAUGUGUUCGUGUAUGGAAGCCUAUUAGCUGACGAAAUUGCUCGUGCACUCCUUAAACGUGUCCCUCCUUCUAAUCCUGCUAUUCUCCAUAACUACCAUAGGUUUAGCAUCAAAGGGCGUGUUUAUCCUGCCAUUCUACCGGUAGAAAACAAGAAAGUUACUGGGAAGGUUCUUUUGGAUAUCACUGUUCCUGAAUUGAAUAUCCUGGAUGCAUUUGAGGACGUUGAGUAUGAAAGGACGACUGUUGAUGUUUCCCUGAUGGACAGUUCCAAGACAUUGCAGGUUGAAACAUAUGUUUGGGUUGACAAGACGGAUCCAGAUUUAUACGGGGAAUGGGACUUUGAGGAAUGGAAAGUGUUGCACAAGGGAGACUUCUUGAAAAUGACAACAGGGUUCAGUGAAGAAAUGGAGCUACCUGAAUCAAAAACCAGAGUGGCAACUUAUGAAUCCUUCUAUGCACAACAGGAAGAGAACAAGUCCAAGCCUUGAUGUAGUUGAUGAGUAAGUUAGCUAAUAAAAGUACAAAGAAGCCUCCCCUACUCCUCCACCCCAAUCCACCAAAAUUAAAAGAAUCAGUGAGGGUAAUUGAGCUUAGUAACAUUGAUGUUCAGUUUGUAGUGCACAUUUCUAUUGAUCUACUGCUUCUGCUAUGCUGCAGUAAUGCUACACUUUUUCCUUCGGUUGCGGGGAGUGAUAGGGCGUUUUCUUAUCUUAUGUAAGCUUCAUAUCAUCUUAUGUAGAUAGUAAUUGCAAAAGCAGUACCGUAUUUUGUGCUUGUGCUCAAACCACACAAUAAUGUGCAAUUGAAGGACCGGACAUACCCACAGACGGAGCUAGGGGGUGCAAGGAGUUUCAUCUGAAUCCUCUUCGCUGGAAAAUUAUACCGUAUAUACAAGGUUAAAUUAUUUGUUAUGCAUAUAUAGUAGAUGUUGAAUUUCUUCGCUUCUUCGUGUAUUUACUUUUUUAUAUUAUAUUUUGAAUUCCCGUCAUAGAAAUCCUGGUCUGCCAGACUGCCACUGGACAUGCCUGGAUAAUUUUGUUCAGUGCUUUAAUAGAAAUCGUGCCAAUGACACACAUAGGUAACCA